UAGCAACAACAGCAAUCAUAACGACAACACACAGAGCCAUCGCUACUGCUACCGCUACUGCAACUCGAAGUGCUGCCAGGAUACAACUAUUGUUACGUUUAAGGCUGCACCCGCACGCCUUCUUCAAAACAAAUCCAAGGGAUAUCGCGUGUACGCGCACGCAUGUGCAAAGCUCUCGGAUAUUUAGAUAAGGAAGAAGAGGGGCAGAGACGCCAAUGAUUUCGCGGAUCUAGGCACGCGAGCUCAUCGACAUCCAAAUCCGAGUUCCGAGCCACCGAGGCUCGAUUCCCCGAGGAUCGCUCGAAUCCAGCGCGAAAUUUUGACACUGUGACGUAGCGCACAGUGAACCAUCACCUUUAUAUGGGCGAUUACGUGGGUGCCACCAGUCUCUUCUCACCAGUGACGAAUUGCAGUCCCGUUCCUUGCGUCUCCGUCUUCAAUCCGAGCAUCAUGCAGGACGACCUGCUGAUCGAAAAGCAGCAGGGCGCCAGCGUGAAAUCAGCGCCCCUCUCGCCUGGCGGUACCGUCCUCGUCGCGGACCCCAGCAACGAGAAGAGCAAAGAGAUUAUUACCGAGGUCGAGGGCAUCGCCAUUAGCGCUGCCGUCAGCGUCGCCAACCUCACAUCCUCAUCCUCCUCCUCCUCGACCAUCAUCGACAAGGAUCCCAUCAUUAGCUGUGGCAGUGGUACCAGCCUCCAGGCAUUCGGCAACGAGGGGAGCGUUAGAGUGCCCAGCCUUUGGGCCGACGACACCUCCACGAGCCUCCACGCGCUGCCCGUUAACGGCUCGAUCGCGGCCUUUCAGAAUUUUCCCACUGGUAGUCCAGCCGGUUUGUUCGCCAGUUCGGGUAACGUAGGCGCACGCCGAGCCAUCACAGCCAGCCACAACUUCCCCCAACAGAGCGGCCACACCGGGGGCAUCACCGCACCGGGCAAUCGUCAUAGCAUGCAACAGCAACAACAACAGCAACAACAGCAGCAACAGCAACAACAGCAACAACAGCAACAACAGCAACAGCAACAGCAGCAACAACAGCAGCAACAGCAGCAACAACAGCAGCAGCAACAGCAGCAACAGCAGCAACACAGCACGCAUCCGGGUGUCUAUCUCCAGGGCAAGGGCUAUGCCGCGUGGUCCGGCGGACCCCAGACGGCCCAGCAAUGGGGUCAGAACCCGGCGCACUCGGCCGCCGCUAGCCCAGCCCUUUCGCCCUGGAACCGCGGCAGGUCCGUGCCCAACCUGCCGCCCCUUCAUUCGAAUCUGCACGCAGCUGCAGCUGUAGCCGCGGUCGCUGGCCUCCAGGGUAGAAAGCCCAGCCCCACGUUUCCCGGACACCCCGGGCCGACGGCCCAUCAGUCCAGCAUUAGCCCCGUCAAGUUUCGCAGGAGCACCUCCUACCCGGGCAAAGGCAAUCUUUAUCCUAUACAACCGGCACCGACGUUCGAGGUUACCGCGGCUGACGAACGGGAUCUUCUCCAGAUGACACCUUAUCAGCAGGAGCGGAUGACUGCAAAUGGGAAUUCACCUCUGGAUAAUAUGCGAACACUGGAGCAUUACCUUAGUGAUAUUAUGAGAGCAGGAGCCACCGACACACCGGAGCACCUCAAAGGAUUCAUAAACUGCAAUACCAACGCGACAUUGCAGUCACUUGCUCAAUUACACGGUAAAUCACCAUUCUUUCCGAGCCUCGAUGAGCCCGGGAGCAUUCACCUGGAGGAUCCAAAUUCGGCGGGCCAGCUGGACGGUGUUGGGGUUAACGUCGGCGUCGGGGUUGGCGGCGGGGUAAUGGCUGCGCCUCAGAAUGCGCCCCUAUCGUCCCCAAGUCGCAGCAGUCCUCAUAGCCAAGGCAGCGAGACCAGCGAACGAUUUUCCAGGAAGGUCUUCGUCGGCGGCUUACCGCCUGAUAUCGACGAAGAUGAAAUCACAGCCAGUUUCCGGCGAUUUGGCCCACUAGUUGUCGAUUGGCCUCACAAAGCCGAGAGCAAAUCGUAUUUCCCACCAAAAGGAUACGCUUUCCUACUUUUCCAGGACGAGAGUUCGGUGCAGCAGCUGAUCGACGCCUGCAUCCAGGAUGAAGAAAAGCUCUAUCUUUGCGUGAGCUCGCCGACGAUCAAGGACAAGCCCGUCCAGAUCCGGCCCUGGCGUCUCAGCGAUGCCGACUUCGUCUUCGACGCCUCGAUGCCCCUCGACCCGCGCAAGACCGUCUUCGUUGGUGGCGUGCCGCGGCCCCUGAAGGCCUUCGAGCUCGCCAUGAUCAUGGAUCGACUCUACGGGGGUGUCUGCUACGCAGGCAUCGACACCGACCCGGAGCUCAAGUAUCCCAAGGGUGCCGGCAGGGUGGCUUUCAGCAAUCAGCAAAGCUACAUUGCAGCAAUAUCGGCGAGAUUCGUUCAGCUGCAACACAGCGACAUCGACAAGAGGGUCGAGGUCAAGCCAUACGUUCUGGAUGAUCAAAUGUGUGAUGAGUGCCAGGGUCAACGUUGUGGUGGCAAGUUCGCUCCAUUUUUCUGCGCUAACGUUACUUGUCUUCAGUACUACUGCGAGCACUGCUGGGCGACGAUUCAUUCGCGGCCAGGUCGAGAGUUCCAUAAGCCUCUGGUGAAGGAAGGUGCAGACCGACCGCGAACCGUACCCUUUCGUUGGUGUUAACCUCAGUCCCAAGUGCUGCCCCAGCAGCAGCAUCAUCAUCAUCAUCACAACAAC